UAUACUAUUUAAUUAUCUUCAAUGAGGUUAAAGGUUACAGAAUCCUUUUAUUCAACUAAAUGUUGAUAAUGUAGAAUUAAAAUCUAAUCAGUUCAGUUAAUGUUGUGGUACAUCAUGACUAAAAGUAAGAUGUUAAACCUACGGUAUAAUGAAAUUUCAAAAGCGUGGGAUGGUACAGAAAAUGUCGAAGAAAAAUGUAUGCCCAUAUACAGAGAAGACCUAGUUUUAUCGUGGAAACAAUUAAAUGUAACUGCUGUGAAAAAAAUACCCAGAUUACUCGGACCUAGUAAAGUUGCUUAUAAAAAAAUACUAAACAAUGUAAGUGGCAAUGUAGAAUGCGGUACGCUGUUAGGAAUUAUGGGACCAAGCGGUUCUGGGAAGACAACUUUAAUGUCAACAAUAAGUCAUCGAACUAAAGGUAAUUUUGACGGUGAACUUUUUCUAAAUGGACGACCUGUAUCUGAGAAAAUUAUGAUAAAAAUAUCUGGAUUUGUGGCCCAAGAAGACAUUAGCUUUGAUCAAUUGACCACAUUGGAACAAUUAAAUUUAAUGGCCAAAUUUAAAAUGGAUCGUUACGUCAGCAAAAAAAUGUUACAAGAUCGUAUUAACUACCUUGUAGUUCAUUUGGGUUUAUCUAAUUGCUUACACACCCGACUGGCUCUUUUGUCUGGCGGAGAACGUAAGAAAGUAGCAUUAGCAGUACAACUGCUAAAUGACCCACCUAUUCUAUUUUGUGAUGAAAUAACAACUGGACUCGACAGUUACUCGGCAACUCACAUUGUGAACACAUUAAGGAAAAUAGCCCAUUCUGGAAAAAUUGUAGUGUGCACAAUUCAUCAACCCGCAUCUGGUAUAUUUGAUAAAUUCGACGACGUGGCGCUCUUGACAAACGGACAAUUAGUGUACCAAGGACCUGUAUCAUUAGUGAAUGAAUUAUUUCAAAAGUACAAUUAUGUAUGUCCGGUUACGUUUAACAAGGCAGAUUUCUUCAUAUCCAUUUUGAACUCUGACAAUCCAAAAGACAAACAAAAUGUUGAUGAUAUGUGUUAUUUAUCAUCGACCGUAACCCAAAUGAAUAUUAAAUACAAUUCGUUUAAUAAGAAUGUACAAGAUGAGUAUGGGCAUCACCUACAAGCAAUUAAGCUCCGUUGGAUAACACAGCUGAUAUUACUCUUGUACCGAUCUUUGUUAUGUUUCAUUCGCAACUACAAAAGCAAUGCUCUAGAAUUUGGAGUGCUAUUGUUCUUGGGCAUUAUUACUGCUCUACCAUAUAGCAACUUACAGUAUGACACCAAAGCCGUACAGAAUUGGCAAGGCUUUUGGUUCUGUCUAGUUAUCAACUCCGUGUUUCAUUUUAGUUACGGUGCUAUGUACACACAUAAUAAAUAUUUCACGGUCGUCCACAGAGAAAUCAGCAACAAAUUGUAUUCGUUGAGUGCACAUUAUACCGCUGAAAAAAUUGUAAUGAUUCUUUGGACUGUUCUGCAAUCAAUAAUUUAUGCUAUAAUAGUUUUCUGGGUGGUUGGUAUUAAAUGGGUGUAUCUUCAACUAUUCUCUUUUGUCCUAUUACUUGUAACUUCUAAAUCGUAUGGAAGUUUGAUGUCUGCAUUUUUUGCUGAUGUAGAAAUAGCUAUAAUGGUUACGUUAGUUUAUGACUAUAUAUCGUUGCCGGUUUGUGGUGCUUAUAUAUCCUAUGCGUCACUGCCAAAAAUGUUUAUCUAUUUAAAGUAUGUGUCGUUAUUUUUUCUUGGUUGUGAAACCUUAUCUAUUCUUCAAUGGGCAAACAUCAAAUCUUUACCAUGCCAUGAUGUUACUAACUGUUUGGACAGUGGAAAAGCAGUGUUACUCAGCUAUGGAUUUUCAAGCGAUCACUUAUAUUAUGACUUGAUAUUAUUAAUAGUUAUUAGUGUUUUCGUAAAUGUAUUAGGUUACUUUGGUAUACUAAUGAGAAUAAAAAAACCACCUGCAUAUUAAAACUUUAAAAAUAUAAUUUUUUGUUAAUUUAAAAACCACAAAAUUAUAAUGCCAAAAAAAGUAUACUAAUGA